AUGCCUCCCCCCAUCCACCUCUGCCUCCCCCCCACGCCGACAAUAAACACUGAUCGCAUUCCCGAACCCCCACUGCCAUCCUCCUCCAUCGCCUCAACAUCUGCUUCGACGGCUCCUGCACCCACCGUCACUGCACUUAAUCCUAACACACCGACAAACGUCAACCUCACCAUCGCCGACUCCAGCAACGUGGACUCGGUCAAUAUCUGUCCUCAUUGCGGUCUCACCUUAACCUCACACAUCGGCCUGCUCGGUCACCUACGAAUCCAUCGUACAGAGUCUGGUGAACUAGGGCCUGGAGCACCCACUUACACUCGCCGCAUCCGCCUCCACUAUCCACACUGCCUCAGAAUAUCCGCUCACCGCAUGGGCCUUCUGGGCCACAUAGGUGCCCACGAGGGCGGAAUUCACCGCAGCCUCGAAACACCUGGCACAUCCUGCACACCCACCAUGCCUAGUCCUACCCACACCUCCGUCCACCGCACCCACCACCAGCAGCUACACCGCCGCCGCCGCGGCCACCAUCACCGAAACCGACACUGA